AUGCAAUGUGCCAUGCAGCCGACGGUUCCCGUUGUCAAGACAUGGGGCAGCCCCGGCUUCAAGAGGUGGCAGCUUCCGCGGCUCUGCCUGGUGAAGAAGCGUUACCUCAGCCAACUUCGAACAGACAGGCGGCUUCUCCUGGUGGCACUUUGGCAGGACUCGGACAUGUGGAAUUCCUUGGACUUCCUCGUCGUCGCCGUCUGGUAUCUCGAGACAAGCACGACAUCGGAGUCCCUGCCCAUUGACCCGAUGGUCUUGAGACUCUUCCGAUUGGUAAAGCUUGGCCGAGUGGUGAGGCUAGUGCGAAUUCUGGAGAAGUACGAUGCACUCUACUUGAUGCUCACCUCCAUCAAGGGCAGUGUGGCCGCUCUGGCUUGGUCCAGCAUCCUCCUCCUCGUGGUGCAAAUGAUGCUGUCCCUAGUCAUGGCCACCGUCCUGGAGGCAUACUUUUUGGACGACAACUGGCCGGGAGACAAGCUGAAGGUCUACGACUACUAUGGCACAUUCUCGCGGUCGAUGCUGACGAUGUUUGAGAUCACGCUCGCCAACUUCAUCCCUGUGACCAGGGUCAUGGUCACGAACUUCAGCCAGGCCUACCUUAUCUUCGGCCUGAUGCACAAAUUCUUUAUUGGCUUUGCCGUGGUCAUGGUCAUCACCGGAGUGUUCAUCCAGGAGACGAUGAAAGUGGCUCAGACGGACAACACCAUCAUGCUGACGCAGCGGGAACGAUCUUCGAAUCUGCACACAAGGAAGAUCAAGACCUUGUUUGACAUGGCAGACUCGGAUGGCAGUGGGCGCCUGGACAUGGAGGAGUUUGUGGAAGUCUGCGAAGACACCUCCAUGAAGAUGUGGCUUUCGGCCAUGGGACUGGAUGUCUCGGAUGCCAAGGGGGUCUUUCAGCUCAUCUCUGAGCAGCUAGACUCUGAAGAUCUCUCCGCCCGAGAAUUGGUCGCCGGCGUCGCGCGCCUGAAGGGCGCUGCGAGGAACAUCGACCUGGCUAUGUUGCGGCAGGAGAAUCAAGAGAUCCUGAAGAGGGUGAACCAGCUUCAG